AUGAAGAACGGUCCUGUGAUCGCAGCCUUCCAGGUCUUCAAUGACUUCAUGUACUACAAAAGUGGAGUGUAUGUGCACACGUGGGGAAUCUCAUUGGGAUCGCAUGCUGUCAAAGUCAUUGGAUGGGGUGUAGACAAGGGCGUAGAUUACUGGUUGGUCGCCAAUUCAUGGAACACUGAUUGGGGAGAAAACGGUUUGCAAACAGUGGGUUAUUUCCGUAUACGUCGAGGCACAAACGAGUGCGGGUUUGAGUCAAGAAUAUGCGCUGGAGAUAUCAGUCUUGAGAAAAUUUGA